AUGCGUCAUUUGGGCGGACGCAAUGGAUUCUCGAUAGAUGGAGUCCGAGCACAGUCGUGCACGGGCAUCCCCUCAGGCGCAGCGGAGCGCAAGCCGGACGGUUAUCUCCUCCUCGAGGCCGCGUGCGAUAAGGUCGAGGUCGACGGAUUUGGAGGUGAAGGACUUGGAUCUGCUGCCCGUCAUGCCGGAGACGAGCUUGGAUGGCGGAGGGGAGUGGAGAAUAGUCCUGGAAGCAUCAAGCAACAGUCAGCCAGCCAACCAGCCCAUCUCAUCUCACUUGAUCGCACCCUUUGUACUGAGCCGUUUCUGCACAAGAUCACGGCGAGGAUGUCGUCGACGGCCACCGUCACCCGCGCCCACCUCGAGAACAAGCUCGCCCUCGCCAGACGCUGCUCCAGAGAGGCGACGCUCGCCGGAGCAAAGGCGGCGGCCAUCGCCACGGUCGCGUCUGCGGUCCCAACGCUGGCGAGCGUGCGGAUGCUGCCGUGGGCCAAGGCGAACCUGAACCCCACCGGCCAGGCGCUCAUUGUUUGCACCGUCGCCGGGAUGGCCUACUUCGUCGCCGCCGACAAGACUAUCCUCUCGCUGGCAAGGAAGCACUCGUACGAGAGCGCCCCGGACCACCUCAAGGACACCUCCUUCCAUGGCGCCGCCGCCGCAACUCGUCCCCGUCCGCCGGCAUUCUUCAGGCCUUGAGCUAGUAUUAUCCUGCUAAUGUAUGAUAGCACGCGCUUGUCCGUUGCGCGUAUUCUAAAAAAAAUGUAUGCAUCCUUGUCAGUGUCCCAACGCAAGAAACUGCUGCGCCGGAAUGUAUUAUGUAUGCACAUGCUUUACAUCUGUGUACUGAAUAAAACUGAGGGCUCGAUCCUGGUUUCAGAUAA